UUGAGAAUUGAAAAUGUUAGGGAAGAUAUCCUGGAUACACGCUGCACUGUAAACGACAAAUAGUCUAAAGAGCAACAAAAAUCAGGAUGGUGAUUUAUAUUUAAAUAAAUUGAUGCUCUCAAGUAAUUUGGAGGUGAUUUACAUCUCCUUACAUUUCCUUUAGAUUCCAAGUGUGGACGCUAUGCAUUCUUUUAUGGUUCAGUUAUUGAAGAAGUGUCAGUGCGGUCACAGUGUAGGUUUUUAUCAUUCGUUUUAUUUAUGGCCGCAGUGUUUUCUUCCAGCUAAAACAACAGAAGGACCACAUCUCCCUUUUAAAAUUUCGGAGUAGUGAGGACACAAACAUCUGUGUUUUUUUUUUUUUAGCUGAAACUGGAAGUGUUUUGUGCUGUGUAGAGAACUCAUUAGUUCUCCAGUAGCUUAUACAGCCCACUUUUUAAAAUCAUCUGCACGGCCAUAAUCCCGUUUAGACCGCAUUCUACACACCUCGGGGUGGAAAUGUGUGUGUGUGUGAGAGAGAGAGAGAGAGAGAGAGAGAGCGUGCGCGCGUGCGUGCUGGUGUGUGUGUGUGUGUGUGUGUUUAAAUGACCCGCCUGAACAGAUAAACCGCUUCCAAUUUCUGCCCCUCAUACCAGACAGCUCACUGAGCCCACCCCUUCUAUAAGCAAUCUCAGACCUGAUAGCGGACCAUCAGCGACCUGAACUCUGUCACUUCAGCGUCUCUGCGCGGGACAUGUCUGCUUUCAGGAUGUUUUGCGGGUGAAGCGCGUGCUUAGUGGAGCAGCUCGAGCGCGCUUCUCACACAUCACUUCUUCUUCUUCUUCUUGAUCUUUUUGUUCUGCUGAAAGCGAGCGUGUGAACGAAUGAGCACACCAAUCCGGAGUUAGUAAUAUGAACUUUCUGCCAAGUGGAAUAUGCUUAUAUUUAUCUGUGGCAACCUGCUGGUUCACAUCAAGGGUCGACUCAUCCUGGUGGUACAUGGGAACGCUGGGCUCGCAGGUGAUGUGCGACAACAUCCCGGGUCUGGUGAGUAAACAGCGCCAGAUGUGCAGACAGCAGCCCGGGGUCAUGCAGGCGAUCAGCGGCGGAGUCAACGAGUGGAUCAGCGAGUGCCAGCACCAGUUCCGCCACCACCGCUGGAACUGCAACACUGUGGCCAGAGACCAUAGUGUAUUCGGAAAACUCCUGCACCGCAGCAGUCGUGAGGCUGCCUUUGUGUACGCCAUCUCCUCAGCAGGCAUGGUCCACACACUGACCAGAGCCUGCAGUCAGGGCGAGCUGGACUCUUGCUCCUGUGACCCGGGAAAAAAGGGAUCAUCACAUGAUACCAAAGGGUCCUUUGAUUGGGGUGGCUGUAGUGACCAUGUUGACCAUGCCAUCAAGUUCACCCAGGCGUUUGUUGAUGCCAAGGAGAAGAAGGAGAGAGAUGCACGAGCGCUCAUGAACCUGCACAACAAUCGUGCAGGAAGGAGGGCAGUGAAACGUUUCAUGACUCUGGAAUGUAAAUGCCAUGGUGUGAGUGGGUCCUGCAACAUUCGGACAUGCUGGCUGGCCAUGGGCGACUUCAGACAGACAGGUGACUACCUGCUCAAGAAGUACAACAGCGCCACCCAGGUGGUGAUGAACCGCUAUGGGACGGGCUUCACCGUCACCCACAGGAAGCUCAGGAAGCCCACGAAGAAUGAUCUGGUCUACUUUGAGGACUCACCCGACUACUGUAUAUGGGACCAUGAAUCUGGGUCAGUGGGCACAGGUGGGCGCGUGUGCAACCGGACUUCACAUGGAGCCGACAGCUGUGAGGUCAUGUGUUGUGGGCGGGGCUAUGACACUUCCCGUGUGAGCCGCACCACCAAGUGCGAGUGCAAGUUCCAAUGGUGUUGCGCUGUCCACUGCAGAGACUGCCACGAAGAGGUGGACGUCCACACAUGCAAAGCCCAAUCAUGACCACUGUCAACCAGAGUCAUGAGAGACAUAUGCUGGUAUUCACAAAGCAUCUCUUUGUAGCACGGGACUGAUCCAGGAUCAGGUUGUGUCACUAGCAUUAUU